UUGUUCCAGUAGAAAGCUCUCUCCGUGGCUGGCCACAUUUGUCUCAAUGGCUGCCGUGCAGAAACCACGUCCCGCCUGAGAGGGAGCGGUCCAUCUGCGAGGAGAGGACCCCCGAACCCAAACUACAGCGCCCUGUGGGAUUUACCGUCUACUAGAGAAUAAAUAGGCUCUUUCUAAGGGGGGUCAGUCUGUGGAUCCAGGAGAAAGACCGGGUAAGACGUGAACAUAGGUCCCUGCAGCUCGACAGCCUCUCAUUAUAAGCAUGGUCGAACCAGCCGACAGGCCAUCCACAGCCGGGCAGAGGCUGGGCGCCCCUGAAAGUUUUGGCGUGUCCACCCUGGAGCCAGGCAUGCGCCCUCCAACCCAGCCCCCGGGACGGCAAGUGUCUAUAAGGGUUCAGAUGCUCGAUGACACACAGGAAGUCUUCCAGAUUUCGCAACGCUCGCCUGGUAAGGUGCUUUUUGACCUGGUCUGCGCCCAUCUCAACCUGACAGAGGGGGACUAUUUUGGACUGGAGUACCAGGACCAGAGAAAGAUGACGGUGUGGCUGGAUCUCCUGAAGCCACUACUGAAGCAGAUUAGACGACCUAAAAACACCAUCCUUCGCUUUGUGGUGAAAUUCUUCCCUCCUGACCACACGCAGCUCAUGGAGGAGCUGACUCGGUACCUGUUUGCCCUGCAGAUUAAGCGCGACCUGGCCUGUGGGCGACUCAUCUGCAACGACACCAGCGCUGCUCUCAUGGUUUCCCACAUUAUCCAGUCCGAGAUUGGAGACUUCGAUGAGACACAGAGCUGGCAGCAUCUCCUCCACAACAAGUACUUACCUGACCAGGAUGCCAUCAGGGACAAGAUCACAGACUGCCACCGCAAGCAUGUUGGGCAGACUCCAGCAGAGUCAGACUACCAGCUGCUGGAAAUUGCUCGGCGGCUGGAGAUGUAUGGCGUUCGUCUGCAUCCGGCGAAGGACCGAGAGGGCACGAAACUCAGCCUUUCUGUGGCGCACACCGGAGUUCUGGUGUUCCAGGGCUACACAAAAAUUAAUGCCUUUAACUGGUCCAAGAUUCGCAAGCUGAGCUUCAAGCGUAAAAGGUUCCUAAUCAAGCUGAGAGCCGACCCUGGUCAGAACGCCCACCAUGACACGCUGGAGUUUGCCAUGGCCAGCAGGGACUGCUGCAAGGUGUUCUGGAAGAUCUGCGUCGAGUAUCACGCCUUUUUUAGACUCUUCGAGGAGCCCAAGCCGAAACCCAAGCCCAUGCUCUUCACCAGGGGAUCCUCAUUCCGGUUCAGCGGUCGGACCCAGAAGCAGAUCAUCGACUACGUGAAAGACUCUGAGCUCAAGAAAGUUCCGUUUGAGAGGAAGCACAGUAAGAUUCUGUCCGGCAGCCAAAUGACCCCUCAGUCUUCUUCCUUCAGAUCCCAAGUGCCAAAAGAGAGUGCCAUGUCUGUUGCGAUAGCUGAUGAGCCUGACUCAGCCAGAUUGAGCCAUGAGGUUAAAUCUAAUGGCUCAGAGGUGCUGCAGGACUUCACUCCCCCCACCAAUGGCUUCCACGAGAACACCCUCAACUCAGACCCGACACGACAGAUCCACCACGGCGCAGGAUCGGCACCGGACCAGCAUCUCCUCAACCCAGAAAGUCCUGGUUCAGAGAACUCUUCAUUGGGAAGUCCCCAUGUGGUUGUCAGUGGCAACGGCUCAGUAAAUGGACAGAGGACGGGCAUCGCUGGUGACCAGGGUGUGAAACAGAGUCCUGGGGGACAGCUGCUUUCACCUCUAACCAGCCCGCUCCUCACAGAGGCUGGAUACAUCCGCAACGAUGAUGAGGAUGAAGCAAGGAGGAAGAAGUUUCCCACAGACAAGGCCUACUUUAUAGCCAAGGAACUGUUGACCACGGAGCGGACGUACCUUAAAGACCUGCAGGUUGUCACAGAGUCCUUCCAGAGCAUUGCAGGAAAAGAUGAGAUAUUUCCAGACGCUGUUAAGAACCUGAUCUCCACCCACUAUGAUCCGGUCUACAAGUUUCACCAGGGAUUCCUAAAAGAGACAGAGCAGCGGCUGGCACAGUGGGAGGGUCGCUCUAAUGCCCACAUUAAAGGAGAUUAUCAGCGAAUUGGUGACAUUUUACUGAAGAACAUUCAGGGUCUGAGGCAAUUGACUAUCCAUCUCCAGAAGCAUUCAGAGUGUCUAGUGGAACUGGAACGGGCUUGUAGGUCCAGUCGGAAGGUGGAGGCCAUGUGCAGAGACUUUGAGCAGCAGAGAGUUUGCUACCUGCCCCUCUACAUCUUCCUCCUCAGGCCUCUACACCGCUUGUUGCACUACAAACUCAUCCUGGAGAGGCUCUGCAAGCACUACCCGCCCACCCACGAGGAUUUCAGGGACUGUCGAGCUGCCCUGGCAGACAUCUCUGAGAUGGUUCUGCAGCUUCAGGGCACUAUGAUGAAGAUGGAGAACUUCCAGAAGCUUAUAGAGCUCAGGAAAGAUCUGACCAGCAUCGACAACCUCGCCAUCCCUGGGAGGGAGUUCAUCAGGCUCGGCUGCCUCAGCAAACUGUCUGGGAAGGGCCUUCAACAGAGAAUGUUCUUCUUGUUUAGUGAUUCCUUAGUGUACACCAGUCGAGGAAUGACUCCGUCCAACCAGUUUAAAGUUCAUGGCCAGCUGCCUCUCUAUGGCAUAACGAUCAGAGAAAGUGAGGAGGAAUGGGGCGUCCCUCAUUCGUUUACAUUGUUCGGACAGCGCCAGUCUGUGGUAGUCGCAGCCAGCUGUGCUUCAGAGAUGGAGCGAUGGGUGGAGGACAUCAGGAUGGCCAUUGACUUGGCAGAACAGAGCAGCAGUCCAAAUGUUGACCUGCUUUCCACCAGUCCAUCUGACAACAAGCUCUCAGAGGACGGUGGAGCAGAGCAGGAAUCAGAGGAUGAACUCUGCGGCUCACGCUCAUCUCUUGAGCGUCAGGGUCACCGUGGUAACACCACCGUGCACGUCUGUUGGCAUCGCAACACAAGCGUGUCCAUGGUGGACUUCAGCAUUGCCGUGGAGAACCAGCUCUCAGGUAACCUGCUGAGGAAGUUUAAGAACAGCAACGGCUGGCAGAAACUCUGGGUGGUCUUCACCAACUUCAGCCUCUUCUUCUACAAGUCAUAUCAGGAUGAAUAUCCUCUAGCCAGCCUCCCACUGCUGGGCUACUCGGUCACCGUCCCCUUGGAGUCUGAGAAUAUUCACAAAGAUUACGUCUUCAAACUCCAGUUUAAAUCCCACGUGUAUUACUUCAGAUCAGAGAGCGAGUACACCUUUGAACGGUGGAUGGAGGUGAUCCGCAGUGCAACCUGCUCCACCAGCCGUUCCCUGUCAAGCACAAAGAAAGAUCUUUAUUGAUUAAUCCACUUUCCUCUUCGUUUUUACUCAUCUGGGUGAAGAUCUGUAAUUGGGGGCUGCAGAAAUAUCAGAAAGGACUCACAUUAAAGGCUCAGAAUCAUGUUGCAAGUUGCAGCGGCUCAAAUAAUCAUGAAUUAAUUCUGAAUUCACACUUUUCACACUCAAAGGUCCUUUCACUUCACGUCCCGUGUCCGUCUUGUUACACUUUCUGCACAACUUGUGUCUGAAUUGAACUUUUUCUGCGCCAAACUGGAAGUUGCUGGCAGCUGAUGCUACUUUUGAUUUAAUGUCGGCCUUAUUUACAGCUGCUCACACGCACAGCAACUUGGUUUACUGUUAUAGGAUCUUGUGUUUUCAUUAUAUUGCUCUUGAGAUUUCUAGUAUCCUAUAUGACGUUUCUGAAAAUGGCCUAAAGCAGAUUUAAGAAACUUUGUUGAAAGUUGUGUGCAUGAGAACACCCUGCAUCAGUAUAUAAAAUAUAUAUAAAUAUAUGAAAUUUGAAGACUAAAUUGUGAAGCCAGUUUGGAUACAAUUAGAAAAAUAAUUUUCCUUUUUGUAAGGCGCCUUUUUGUACAGUAUUUUGAUACACUGUGAAAUGUUCUUCUUGUUUUCUUUUUAAUUUUAGUCUUGUUUGAGAGGACAAGCUUCCCAAGCCGACAGAGAUUUUGAUGGUUGACUGCCACUUACUCUCAAUUUUCAGUGUUUCUUUAGCUUUUUUGGAUUUUUCAGUUUGAAAUAAGGAUGGAAAACGAUAUUGUUGGUUUGAAAAAUAAAUUGGACCAAUCAGAAAA